CACGUUUUCAAGCAACUUCUGGGAGAGUUGAACGAGAAGCAGAAUACCAGGACAGACUACAUUCCCAGUAAGCCGCUGGCGACUCCCAUGCCUCCGGCGUCCACGUCCCCCCCCCCGGUCCCGUCCAGGCUCCCCACGCCGCCGCUGCCCCCGCCUGCCCCCGAGCCCACCAGGCCGGCCCCCGAACCCACCAGGCCGGCCACCGGGGGGGGCAGCGUCAGCCGCCAGAACAGCACCACGUCCAGCGACAGCGUCGCCAUGAGGGAGCACGGCAACCAGAGACCACCGCCCGUCAACCGCAGGAAGUCCAACAUGGAGGAGGUCCAGGACGAGCUGAUGCACAGACUGACGCUGGGUCGCAGCGCCCAGAAGAAGAUCCAGGGGUCGGCUCGCGGCGGCGGCGGCCUGCCGUCCAACAGCAUCAGCUACGACUCGUCUCCUAGCGACGUCAAAGCCUGGCUGACGGCCAAAGGCUUCAGCCCAGUAACCGUCUCCAGUCUGGGGGUGCUCACCGGCGCUCAGCUGUUCUCGCUCAACAAGGACGAGCUGAAGACGGUGUGUCCCGACGACGGCGCCCGGGUCUUCAGCCAGGUCACCGUCCAGAAGGCCGCGCUGGAGGUUUUCUUCUGACCCUCCUUUGAUCUUCUGAAUCUGUAACUACAGUCAUUAAGGUAUCGUGUUCUCAGACUGGGGGGGUCCCCGUCUCGUUCUGAUGGACAGAGUUAAAGGAACAAUGCCCUAAAAUGGGUUUACAGUGACUCGGUCGGAUAAGGGAAGACUCAUCAGUUCUGCUACUGAUUAGCAGAUUGUCUUCAGAUCUGGAACCAGACAUCGCUGGUGGUCCUGAAG